CAGGAAAGAGUGGGUAAUUGGUUCCAAGGUUCAAUGGUGAUACAGCCCAGAAGUGCAGUGGAGAAGCGGCAAGGGACAGGAGCGGGCGGCACGAAAGUGUCAAGGUGAAAUCGGACGACCACAUUGAAAGACUAAAAAUGGCAGAUCGUACAAGUCCUAAAGGCAGCACCGGAGAUUUUGCCAAAAAAGUCCAAAGACGGCUGAGCAGAGGCAAAGAAAAGGUGCUACAGAAGCUUGGAAAGUCUGAAGAGACCCGGGAUGAUCAAUUUGAACUUUUUGCCCAACAAUUCAAUGACCAACAGAUUGAUGGCAAUAGAAUUUACAAAGACCUGAGGAACUACAUCGAAGCCGUCAGAGACAUGCGAGAGGCCUCGAGACGUCUUUCACAGUCCCUGUUUGAUGUUUAUGAAAGUGACUGGGUGGGACAAGAAGACAUAGGAGCCAUAGUGGAGGGGGAGGAUCUUCUCUGGAAUGACCACGAGGUGAAGUUAUUGGACCAAGCCGUUCGCACUAUGGAGUCCUAUGCAGGCCAAUUCCCAGAUGUCCGGGAGAAAGUGGCCAAGAGGGGUAGGAAACUGGUGGACUACGACUCAACCCGUCACCAUCUGGAAUCCUUGCAGAUGGCCAAAAAGCGAGAUGACAUCAAGAUCCUCAAAGCCGAAGAAGAGAUGGAUGAUGCUAAACGUGUUUAUGAGCGAAUCAACAAUGAGCUGAAAGAGGAGCUUCCUGUGCUGCAUGACAGUCGAAUCGGAUGCUACGUGACCGUUUUCUCUGCGAUAUCGAGUUUAAGAGACAUUUUCUACAAGGAAAUGAGAACGCUCAACAUGGAUCUUCACAAUGUGGUGAAGGAACUUCAAGGACAGUAUCCAGACAAAGUGUUUGCUGUCAAUGGAAUACAAAGGUAUGGCUCCCUGAGGAGACGAACUCUGAUGUCCCCUAGGGCUUGGAAAGCCAGCUUUUCAGAGUUCCACAGGAAUUACAAUCCAAAAAGUGGUCCAAGAUUCAGUUUUAGGUCCCCGGAAAAACCUCGUCACAGUACUUUGUCCAGAGAAAGUAGCACCAUUGCAGUCUCCCCACUGUCACCAACUCUUGAGAGCCCGACUGAGUCGAGCCGUGUUGAGAUGCAUGAUCUAUGUGCGCAAGAGGAUGCUGUGGAAGUGGAGAACAAACCAGUGCCAGAAAAAGAAGAUCCCAAUCGGGAACAUGAAGAGGAUUGUUUGAAGGUAGAAGAAGAGUCUGAAGCAAAAAGCCCCGGACAGCAAGAAGAGAAGAAACAAGAUUCUCCGCCCAGCGAGAGCAGCUGUGAGCUGAACAACUCGUGUGACUCUGAGAGUUUGGAGCUGCAGCUGACCACAGGAGAUGACGAUCUGCUGCACGUUGACGACUCGGGCCGCAGCUGUGAUUCUCUCAAGGCCAAAGGACAAGAGAACGGAGACGUUUCGGGGCUUAAAUCUGAAGAACUGGACAAGGCAGCUUCUGCAGACUCGAAGAGUACAGAGGUGUAAUAAGUCCACUCUCUUGGCCUCAAGCUAAGCAGUAACAAGACUGAAGCCAACAGCUGUUGCGGAAGGAGGAAUCUGCAUCUGUUCUUGAACACCCUCCCACAUACUUAGCAUCUAUUUUUUAAAAUGCCCACUUUGAAGACACAGCAUAGAAGCAAUCGUGAUAUAUAAUAUCUAAGUAAUACAAGACUUGUUUUUAUUUCUUGAAUGGAAAUGGUAAUCCUCAAUUCUUAAGUAUGAACCAAAAACUGCAUGUAAGUAGCUAAUUAAUGAAUCCCUGUGAAAUUCACAUAUGCCACUAUUCAUAUCUACAAAUGAGUGUAGUUAUCAGUGUAAAUUAGAAUGAAGCAGGAAUUUAGUCAAAAUGAAAUACAUCUUGUUAGAGCAGCAUGGUGUCAUUUUUGUAAAGUUCUGUAACAUCCUAAAAGACCCCCACUUGGAAAAAUGUUUAAAACCAAUGAUAUAUUCAAAUAAAUGAAACCAUAUUAUGAUAAUCAACAUUCAGUUGAUUAUUAACUAAUCGUCAUGUUCAUUUGAUUGAAUGUUGACCCACGUUAUAAUUAUCCUGUGUA